AUGGAGCGCCUCAGGAGCAGCCGCCUCUCCGCCCUGGUUCGGAGGGAGCAGCGUCCGGCUCCUGGAAUUCCACAUCAGGCGCAAGCGGAUCCAGCACGCCUGCGGCCCACCCGCCCUGGUGCUCCAGUCCCGGCACGACUUCGCCCCGUUCGGACCCCAUUGCAAGGAGCUCCACCGGUGCGCGUCCCCCCAGCGGGCCUCAGGGGAGUCCCAGGCCAGAGAGGAGAGCGGAGAGGCCCUGGAAGAGGCGGCGGAACAGAAGAAGGGGAGGAGCAGGAAGAGGCUGCGGCCGAGAGCCUCGGAGACCUGGGGGAGCAGGCUCAGUGGCCGGAUGCUGAGCCCAGGAGGCGUCUCCUGCACAAGCCCAGGCUGAGGCCAUGGACCCCCUGGGGAAAGUGGAGAGCCAGCAGGGGAGACGCCCUGGCCCCUGCCCUGUCCAUCCGGGCCCUCACCCGCAUCCCCUUGUCGAGAUGGGGAGGGGCAGCCGCUCCUCCGCAUGGAGGAUGCCCAGGGGAAGCAUCAGGAGGAGCAGGCGCAGGCUCAGAGGAUCCCCCCAGAGACCAGUCAGAGCUGCCCCCCAACAUCAGCCAAAGUGGGGGAACGACGUCCCGGCUGGACACGGAGGAGCCAUCACCCUGCCCGGCCACCAAAGCCAGGCGUCCUGCCACAGUCCGGGGGACGAGUGGCGGCUGGGAGGCCAGGACAGAGGCGCCCCGGAGGAGCCUCCCGCAGAAGGGGCCUCUGCAGCAAUCCGUGGGGACGUGGCGUCGGAGCGAAGGCCGCGGCACGCAGGGUCCGGGGGCUCUCUCUUCUUCCAAGGAGCCCCUGCUGGGGAGGCCCCCGGGGCCCCCGGGAGGCAGACCCGAAGCCGCGGCCAGCAAGAGUCCGCCGCGGGCUGGCAGGACGCAGCUCCAGAUGGUUGAGUGCCAGCGCAAGAGCUGUUUGCCGCCACGGCCCCGGGAAGGGCCCGGACCCUCCCUGCGAUCGGCUGCAGGGCACGAACGGCGGCGAGGGGGUGCCCUGGGGAGCGAGGGGAGAGGAGGGGAGAUCGGGACGCUCGGCCUCCCCUUCCCCAUCACCCAAGGGCCGCGGAGAGCAGUGCCAGCCUCCCUUCGGAAGGCCCGAGCGGCCCUUGGCAGCCUCAAGCGGCGCCUGAAGACGGGCGAGGGGGCCCCCCAGCCACGCGGCCACCGGCCUGCCGCCCAGCCCGCCCCAGGGGGCCCGAAGGCUCCCCCCACGGCCCCUCCUGCUGCCAGGGGAGCCCUCCUGGCUCGGGUGCCGAGGGGAGGUGAGGCCUCCGGGUCCGACGAGGGGCUUCUCGGCGCGGAAGGAGCGGCCAUCAUCGGGGCGAACCUGGAGAGGAGGCUGCACCUGCGGGAGGGGCUGGUGACCUGGGGGCAGAGCCAAUUCUCUGGUUCCACAGACUUCAUAUUCAGAGCGCCGAUCACAUUAAGCAAGGCCGGAGAGCUUCAUGAGGAAUAUAAGAGCCAGCUGCGAAAGCUAAGGGAAGAAAAACUGCAAGAAGACAGAACCCCUGAGGAUUUUCUUCACAGGCUGAUUCCGGAGGACCCUGAGACGGGGAGGAGGAAAACAGAAGAGCAGAAGAGGGAGGAGUCCUUCAUGGCCAGGAUGACCCAAGAGCGUUUUCCUGAGCGCCUCUCCGAUUCUGAGAAUGAGGAACCGUUCCAGGCCAAACCUGCACAUCGGUCGGCUUUUGUCUCCAAGGGCAGUGCCGGCUCAGUCCCGCUGCUGGCUGGGCACUUGAGUUCCAAGGUCGAAAGGAGCCAGAGCUGCAACGAUACCUUUCGGGACAGAUCCAAGAGCAGGCAGCAGUGCGCCACCAUCCGAACAAAGGCAAACCUGUUAACGGGCGCGUCGACCCCCCUUGUCGGGGUUCUCUCAUCCACCCAGAACAACCGCUGCCUCUCGGCCCCAGACCUGACCGCCGAUAAGCGCCUCGGUCUAGGCACCGCCGCCUCGAUCCCGCUCCUCCAGAAGCCGGAGCGCUCCAUCAGCCCCGAGAGCAACGACAGCAUCUCGGAAGAGCUCAACCAUUUCAAACCGAUUGUGUGCUCCCCGUGCACCCCCCCAAAGCGGCUUCCUGACGGCCGGGUGUUGAGUCCUCUAAUCAUCAAGUCUACUCCGAGGAAUCUGACCAGGAGCCUGCAGAAACCAACCACCUAUGAAACAAGUCCCCGGAUUCUGAAAAAAUGGGAGCAAAUAUUCCAGGAACGCCAGAUCAAAAAGACACUUUCGAAAGCUACCCUGACCUCCCUGGCCGCAGAGACGGGCGAAGAGUUCCUGACUCCCAACGUAAGUCUGCUUGUCAAAGAGCCGCCGCAGCUGCCAAGCGAUCUCCUGCCGCCAGAUACAGUCACACACAUGCCGGCCGACUUGGACUCUUUCCCCUCCAUCUGCCUGGCCAAGCUGGAAAGUGCCGGCAAUAUCAAGAGGGAGUUGGAGGCGGCGGCAGCGGGCACGGCUCCCACCGUACCCGUGGCCAGGCCCAGCAAAAACACCCUGAAUGCCGGAAUUUCGGACGUCUCCGAUACAAAAGCAGCGUUGCGUCUGGCCGGGUCUUGCCUCAACGUGGAUGCCAGAGCAGUGCCUCGGAAAGUAAUCAGAGCCGCCUCGACUUUUCCAGAGAAUGGCUUGCUCAGCACUCCUGUCAAGGUGGCGGGGAGGAAGCGGCUCAAAUACCUGAACGACAGCGAACUGAGCAGCUUGCAGAACGGCCUGUGCGUGGAGAGACCCGUCGGCGACCCCUCGUCCCUGAGGCGGGGGCGAAAGAGACAGUGCAAAAUGAAGCACCUGGAGCAGGCUGGCGCCAUCAAGAGACUAAGGCAGGCGGACUGCCACAGGGUGGGGGCUGCCUCCCCUCCCCCGAGGAGGAGGAGGAAGAGGAGGAGGGAGGUGCAGCAAGAGCUGCAGCAGGAGGAGGAAGACCGGAGGCUGGCCUUGCAGCUGCAGCGGAAGUUUGAGCGCGAGAACAGGACCGUGGCAAGUCAGAGAGGGAGAGCGGAUCAGUAUUUCUUGCGGUCCAAGAGUACUUCCGGUGCAAAGUAGCACUUGCUGAACAAGGUUGCCUUUUUAGAUAAUGUGAGCUUGAUCAAAAGAAUCUGAGAAGGAUGGAGAGCUGUUUGGUCACCUUGCUUCCCCUCCUCCCAUUAGGCUUUCCCUUUCGCAAGGUAAGAGGAGUGAGUCCCGGCUCCCACUGGAGCCGGGGUCUUUCCACGAACAUCCGCCACGCGCUCUUCCUGCUGGGCCUGCUUCUGAGACUCUGCCUCUCCUUGCAGAAGCAGGCCCACGGCCCGCCCUGCGCGGAAGGACGCCGGCUCCCAUCUGCUGCCGAGUCACCCCAGUAUGCAAAUGCUUCAGGCAUCCCCGUGAGCCUGGGGCGGAGGGUGAGCAGCUGUGGGUCGGGGUCUUUUGGGGACGGCUGUUUCUGUCAUGACUGCAACCUCAGGAGCAGCCUUCAGCUGGGAAGGCGGCCGGCCGGUUGAACAGCGGACACGCAGAAAUGCAUUCACACAUACCAUCUGUUUCUGAAUCUGUGGUCCGGGGAACAGCAGGGUACGCGGGGCGCUGGGUGCGCUGUCUGCCUCGCAUGCCCAGCUCAGUCAGUCUGGCCCAGGAAGGCCUCUUUUGGUGGACUGCAUUUCCACAGACUUUCCGAACUUAAGACCCGCCCUGGUUGGGUCAGGCCAGCUGUGUGGAAAGGGCAAGGCCCCCUGUUCUGGGCGAGACGGAAUCGGGGGCAGCCAGCUUCCUCUCGCCAGCACGGCAUUGCCCCCAUCUUCCUCGUCAUGUUCUCUGUGCAGCCAGGCUUAACAUCCUCGGGGAUAAAACCCGCGGGAAGCGUUGCACUUUUCAGAAGAGGGGUGAUGCUCGGAAUGACUUCCGUGGCUGGAGACGUGUGCAAAGGUUCGUGUGAAUGAGAUGACUGGGGUGCCCGGAAGCCCUUCAGCCCUCCAGGGUGUGGUUUCGGUGGCUGUUGAGCGGCAGCGGUCUGGUGCAGGGGCUCAGACUGCCCAUCCCGGGCUUGAAUUAGGAAUGGGCCAGAGCGAGUGCGUACUUCCGGCCCGCCCGCCUGCAGUGUUUCCCCGGUGAACAGAUUCAAAGGUCCUCGCAAGGUCGUUUGCGUGUUAUCAAGUCCUGGGAAGCACUUUCUUGUAUUUUAAGGGCAUCGUAGCUGUUACGGCAUUACGGGAUAGGAAGGCAUCCGCGGAUCUGGUUCAUGAGCCUUUCAAGCGGAAACUCCCAUGGUGACCCUUUCAGAGCAGCCGCUUGAAUCCCCUGGCACACGGUGGGAGUGGGGCCCUGGGGGCUUCCUGGAGAGCCCCUCCGGACAAAGAUGGCAGGACAUGCUGGCAUUGCGGCUCCUCCACGUUCACCGCUUCAAAGCUAUGAAAAUGGGAAAUGGGAAGCCACAAACAGCAGACCAGUCUAAUCGCUACUUAAAGGGAGGCAGACCUAGUGUCUUGAGAGUCAAGGAACAGAAUCCUUUAGACUAUUCAACAUGAUCAGAGCACUUCAGGAAUCACGUGUAGAAUCGCAUUCCAUUUUGAACCAGGGCACCCCCUUUACAAAGCCAGGCGGAGCGAAAUCGCCCUGCCAGGCUCCAUACGAGGACCUCCCCUCCCCUCGUGGUCAGUUGCUUGGGUCCUGUCAAGGAAGGAGUUCUGUCCCAGGCUGACUCGAUUCCACCUCUGUCCGGCGGCAUUUCCAGCUUCCUGGCUGCAGUGAUUUUCUUGAAGGGUGGCGCUUUUCCCGUCUGCACUGUGCAACAUCAGCUUUGGCUGGUUUGAACUGUGCAGAUUUGGCACUUAGAGAAUUCCCUGACUCUCAGGGGUCUACCGGGUGAAGAGAAACUUUUUUGCUGCCUGGUGCCUUGAAUUCAAAUGGGCUUUGAGCUGGUACAGGUUCCCCGUAACGGGGGCUGGAAUCAGAUUUGGUUUCCCUGUUGCCAGUCUGUCCUGUAGAAGUGCAAGGACCCAGCAUGUUUAUUUAGAAGGAAGUCCAUUUAUUUUCUUUCCUAGCCUAUGUAGAAUUGCAAGCUAAAGCGUUUUAUUGCUCUGCACUGCAUUUUUAAAAGGGACACGAGACAGAAAGUCUGUAUCUAAAUUGCAGUUUUUCCUGCUGAGAAUUUUCAGCAAUUAGUAUUAUUCUCAAAAUAACCGCUACCGCAAACCACAAUCAAGACUAGGCUAUUUUGGCUGCCUUUUCAAGAUGCCUUUCUUGGUGCAUCAACUGUGGCCAGUUUGUAAGAAAAGGGAACUGGGAGGUGGUUCUUCAUAGGCGAGAUCAAAGAUUGCCUAAAAGUCCUCUCUGAGGGACGGGAUCGAAGCGAUUCAGGUCAGUGGCUAUUACAGCUUAACAUCUGAUGAGCACAGAACGCCUUUUUAAAGUGGUUUAACACGCACAAGGAAAAGGCUUAUGACAAGGUGCAUCAUUUGAACGACUUGGUUAUCCUGUAGGGAUCUAGGAUGAACCUGCUUUUGCAGAAUCAUCCUUGGAAACAUCGUAUGCGGGCAUCGUAUUCGAACGUCGUGCUUCCAUGCGCAUGGGGUCAGAGAAUCAGUUCUGUGUUCCCCUGUGAAGGCCAAAUGUCGCGCUGGAUUUGGCCCUUGAAGACCCCAUUGGAGCCAGUUCCUGUUUUUCCUACUGUGGUCAGGGCAGGAGAUCAGAGCUGGCCCUCUUGCUUCUAGUGGUGGAACAAGAGAGAAUAGCACUGCGUUUAGCUCACUGCUGUAAAGAGAAGUGUGUGUGGAUGGGAAAACGCAGGGCUCUCUACAUUUUACUCUUUAUCGGUGCACCUAAGGGGUAGAGCUGCCUAAGAGGAGUGCAAGGGACAGGGGCAUCCUUCGGGAAACUGAGAUUACGCAUGCUUUGGCAAAGCCAGGUUUGGAGCUGUUGGUAGUGCGGCUCUGGGUGAAUGUGGUGGGAAGCAGGUCUUUGUCCACACCGGCCUUGAUCAAGCUCUUGUCCAAACGGCCAGAACCUUUACCUGUAUCAGCUGUCCUUUUCUAGAAUAAUUGGCAAAACAGGUGGUAUAGUCUGCCCUUGGUCUUGGGAGAGCCAUCGCUUAUCGCUGCACUUUCUGGAAAUCCCAAGACAGCACACAGAAGGCACAAAGGAGUGUUCCACACACUCUGUAGGAACAAGUCCAGGUUUCAGUCGGGCAUAUGCUGAAAGAGAAGUCUUGGCGUCCAGGUGAAUGCGCCCGUGUUGUAAUCGAUUGUAUGUCUGCUUCUCUCUCUCUCUCUCUCAUUCCCUCCCUCCCUCCCCAAUCUCUCUCUCUCUCUCUCACACACACACACACCUUUAAAAGCUAAGUAUGCAUCCAAAAAUACGAUGAGUGAAUUGACUGGUUUCUUCCUUGAAAUGACCAUGAUCCAAAGACCUAUUUUAGGUACACUCAGGCCUUUAAGGGUGCUUCGGGGUAGGGAGUGGCGUGUCUUUUCUUUAAAAAAGGUGGGUGCACACAACCAUUUCACGCACAGGUUGUCGAAGCCAGCAGUCGUCAGGGGGCUUCGCCUGCAGCAUGGGAUGGCGGGCGUCCCGCUGCUUGGGUAGAAAAACCACCUUCCCGUGGCCAAGGGAACUAACCACACAAUUCUGGGAAGCAGGCCAGCACCUCGAAGUGAAGGCGCUGAAGCCCCUCGUGAAACGGGGGGGUGAAACGGGCAAGGCGCUCCAGUAAGGUUCAUUUGCAGGUGUUCAGACGCCUGCAUUGCCGUUUGUCUUUCUGUCUCUCUGUGUGUUGAAAAUACGUGUGUCCAGAGUGCCGGGAGUGAAGGAGAAUAGGGCGGGCUCGUGUGGGCACUGAGGACCAAAUUAGAGACUAGAAAGGGGGAGAGAGGUGCCCGCCGUGCCUCCUUCCCUGCCUCGCACCCCGACUUAGAGGGGGACGUGGAGGUUCACUCUGCCGUGACAUAACUGCACAAGCAAGCGAGCAAAAGGGGGUAGGGGCAGCUGCCCUCGGAGGGCGAUUCAGUAUCGCGAGCGGCCAGCAGAGCGCUUUUGCCUCUGGUGCCAGCCGGACCAGCGUGAAGGCCUUUGCACCACUCUGCAGGUGGCCCUGCAGGCUGCCGAACGCAUUCCGGGGGGCCCUUUCCCCGUUUAGGGAAGCAGGGGCCUCAAAAGCGACCAUCUUCUGAUCCAGGUGUUGCCGUUCAGCUGGGAAGGCAUUCCAGGCAACUGAGAAGGGUUGUCCCGGUGCUGCAAGGACUGUUGUCCCGGAGUUUCCCUGACUCCCUUGCCCCCGGCAGCCCCGAUCUCAGCUUAACCCCUUUUUGCUGACGGGUCAAGCGGGAUGCAGUCUCCUCUGAAGCGAACGCACACUCCCCCCUCCACCAGGGAGACGCAUGGCAGCCGAGAGCCCUUCCACUGCAUCGGCCGGCACCACCUUCCUGCGGCUCGGCUCCCGUCCGCCUUGCUUCAAAACGGGGUUCUGCCCAGUUGGGCAGCCAGGCGGAUCGCACUGCUGCGUGGCGCUUUGCUGUGGCUGCAGGGUUCCUUUUGGCAUUCCCUGACAGGAAGGGUUGGUGGGACCUUGGACGGGAACCGAAUGAUUGAACUGCCAAAGACUCAGUCAGAUUCCAGAAGUCCACUCUGACCCUCUGGAUCUUUUUUUUUAAUGGAAAAGGAUGUCUUGCGCACUCUUCUGGGGCUGGCUGGCUGUGGCCGUUGGUAAAGAGAUGAAGGAAAAAGUGCCAAAAGAUUGGGUUUUGUAAGAUGAUUGUAGUGCAUUUUAUGAUAUGACUGUCAGUGUUCUUUCUCUUCAAAGACGGCCCCGUCACGGAGUAUGGGCCGGACAAGCACCUUGCUGUCGUGCUCUCAAUGAAAGCCAAGCGAGAGGAAAGUAUAAGCCUUAAAGACUGAUUUUUUAAAAAACAAGACGGGCCUCGGAGCGUCGCUUAAGGGCCGCCUGCAGUGCUCUCUGUCGAGCCUCCUAGGACUGUGCCGGCAUCUCGGUUUUGCACUUGACCCGUGAACAGAGGCGCUCUUGCCUUCAGGAAGGCGCCAUCCCAACACCGUGCUGGCUUUCAGAGAGAGCGAGACGCAGUCCCAUAAAGACACAUUCCCUGCCCAGCGCCCGGUACGGGCAUGAAUGUCUGGCGAGGGACGGCAGCCGCUGAGACUGCCGCUGCACUGAAUGCCCACGGUGAGGUCAAAGCUGCCCCGUCUCCGUGGAGCUCUCCGGUGGGCACCAUCCAUUUUCUAAGAUUUGUACAGCCGAGGUCAGAUGCGAAGCACCUGUCCCACCGCCGCUCUUUCCAAACAUCGCAAGCAGUUUAGAGGUAGCUGCCACUAUGCAAACAAAACGAAAUACUUCUUGGCUCUAACUGGUGGGAUUUCAUGUACGACACUUUUUUCCAGUGUUUAAUUGUCCUAAUGGUUUCAAGGAGCAGACGUUGCUGUAUUUCUCCCCUUCCUGCACCCCGGCAGCCAACCCCGUGUGCUUUCAGUCAUUUGUGCUUUGAUGUAUAUCUUCGGUUUAGUACCGAAAACCAGUGCAGUACAAGACAAAGCAUCAUUUUGAGAUCGCAACUGAAUCACUGUGGCUUCAUCAGAUUUUUUUUGAUAAAACUGUUUACCGAGAAA